AUGGAACCUGUAAACGCUCCUCCAUUUAUUCUUUUUCGAGGAUUGUUGCUCUACGCAGUUUUCAUCACCACAUUAGAGUCAUCCACUGUUUCUCGAUCAGCAUACUUCACAACGUUGACAAAUAAGCAGCUUAAAGGCUUUGUGGUAAAACGGUUUGAGUCUCCUGGUCAAAUUUGGUGCAGUCAGUCUUGUUUGAAAAACGCCUGGUGUACUUCAACAAACUUCAAACUUGCUCCCCAAACUUCGAAGUCUGAUGGCAAAGGAACUUGCGAACUAAACAAGCACGAUGAAUCUGCUGUCAAAGAAAACAUACAUUUGCAGUUCGAGGAAGGUGCCACUUUCUCAAUGCCUCUUAAGGUAACGAACAGCCUAAAAUGUCUCAUUUGGCUUUAAGGGGCUCCGCAAGUUGAUGCAAUUGCAGUUUAAUUAACAUUUAAAUUGUUAGUUGGCGUUUAAUUUUGAAAUUAACCAGUGUGUCUUCAUAUUGCUAAUAUUUCAUUUUUAAAAUGAAUUGACUCAUUUGGGCUUAAGUCUUUGGCGCCACAUUGUUUUUUUUUUAGCAAUUUUUAGAAUUGUAAGGCUGAAAAGUGAAAAUUCAUGACCACAGCACUAUAAUUGAAGUCGAGCAAAAACCUAACUUCGAUAUGAAAAAUAGAUGUCAAAAAUAGAAUAUCAAAAUAGAUAUAAAAAAAUAGCUAUUUUAUAAAAGCGCUGGUCGGCACUUUCUAUCGAUUUACCAGCCUAAUUACUAGUAUGAGGUGUUGGGAGAACACGAGUAUUACUGUAAAUCAUGAGUCAAAAGGGAUUGUUGUACUAACAUAUCCCGUGUGCGAUAUCGUCGCUAAAAUGAUAAAAGGCUCGAUUUAUUGCUAACUAGCCGACAGGUGCUCUUCACGGCAAAGUGUGUUAGAGAAACUUAGCAUACAUUCUUAAGACUAUUACUCUUCUCAACGCUUUUUUUUCGUUUUUCGAUUUACUAACAAUGAAUCUCCUUUACAAAGAAAUUAUUUACGCUAGAUUUCUACAUUAUUCUUGAGUAUUCUGAAUUACGAGCAGCUGGCAUCAGACAAAAUUUAAUCCUUGAUUUCGUGUAUGCCACGAUCUUAAUACAGUCGAAAUGCGAGCAGUAAAAAUCUAACUUUCCAUUUUCUUCUGUUGUGAAGUUUUAAUCGGAGCUGGUCUUUUUUGAAAGUGAAAUGAAUGUAUGCCUUGAAUAAUGACAUGAAUUGAUGAACAAUGAGGGAAAGACAAGAGAACAAAAAUUAGUCACCAUUUCUUCGACGAAGGGCAAACCCUACCUUGAAUAACUUGAAGGUAAUGCCGGCUUAUAUGAAUCAUCAUCUAUACAAAUAUUUCUGUUCAUAAACUUCAUUCACCAUGAUCAGAACCACAGCUUUUUUCUUAGUUCUGGAAACACGCUAAAUAUUUCGCUCAGGAAUUAAAGCACGGAGAAAAUAAAGCUAUCAGAAGCCGCAAAGACUGAUUAAUUUCAGUAUAAGACGAAGAAAGAAGAAAAUGACCUGCUUAUGUCAGUCUUUACGAAAUAUAUUUCUGGCGUGUAAAAACGCGUUUGACAAAAUCUAUGUUCUUAUCGGCUACUAUUCAGUCUAAGUGCUAGCAUUUUGAAUUCUCAUGCAAAAUCUUUCGGACUGAAGGUAACAUAUACUGUGCAGGCCUUAGAAGCUGUCUUUUCUAGAGGAAACUAAUUUAACAAAAUUGUAAUUUGUGCCGGUGACGGGUUAAGCGAACGGGUUUGUUGUUUUUGUUUGUUUGUUUUUUAUUUAAGUUCUGCCAAAACAGAUGAUAAAUUUGGUACAUAAGGCUUGCGGUAUCGAAACAGCUUUUCAAUGAAAGGCGAGCUCAAUGUUCUUUUUGAAACUGAUAUCAGCGCAUUAUGGAGAUCUUCUCUAAUUUCAUUUCUAUACUGAUAUGAAAUGGAUGGAUGUGUAGAUAGGUGAUUGGAUGGAUCAGAAGUGACCCAUUAGAUGAAGGGAUGGAUGUUUCAAAGAAAAUACUUAACUUUCCGGUUGUCUUUAUAAUCCUUCAGUUGAACAAGAGGUACAAAUGAAAGUUUAAAUGCCCUGUUUCAAAGCUGACGUUAGCCCUUCAUCUUUUGCUCUGACGAAGGGCUAACGCUCGAAACGUCAGCUUUCAACUCUUUUCGGUGGCCAAGUUACGUCAUCUACUCAGUUGUUAAUAUUGUAUCACCCUGUCAUACUCUCCCACAGAAGCAGCACCUCAGCUUCUUUAAAAAAUUACCCUCUUUAUAUAGUUUUAAAUUCAUAAUUCUUGGUGACAGGCUUAAUAACGGCAGAAAUCGACUAUUACAUCAGUUUUCAUUGAUACGGCAAUUAAUUUUUGGUCCGAAAUUUUACAUCGGGCUCGAAUCAUUGAGUCCAAGAAAAACUUAGAAAGCUGAGCAUUUCUAUAAUUCCACGGUACAUUCAUAUUCGUGUUCUGAACAGUUUUUUACGACGUAUUGUCUGUUACUGCUUCUUGUUAGGGCUGCCAAAUAACCGACAGUUGUAAAAAUGGAGGUGCUUGCGUGUAUGACAAGGAAAAACAAACUUAUUCAUGCAAUUGCAAGCCGCCUUGGACCGGAGAAACUUGUGCUGAGCUGGGUAAGAACAACUUUGAACAGUAGAAUGAAGAUGGUAAAGUUCUGUCAGUCAAGCUAAAUAUAACGCAAAAUAUUUGUCUCCGAGACUUGGAAACAAACAGAUCAACAAAAACCAGGAAAACGAAACAAAACAAAACGGAGCUUUUUAAGAGAGAAGUUAAGUAGAAAAUUGACAAGAAUGGAAAAGAUAGAGGGGGAUUCAAGAUUUAUGUAUGUGCGUAUGUAUAAUUUUAAUUAUGUAUAAUUUUUUUAUUUGAAAUAAAUAUCAAAAUGUCCAACAUUUAAUUUUUUUUUUAAGUUAACAAAUCAGCAGAUCUAAGUUUGACAUUUGUUGAAAAAUAACCAAUCACAAAGCGUUUUGUACAUGGCAUAACGGAAAAAUGACUGCGCGUCAGCGGAGUCAAAUCGGCCCCACGCCUUUCACGUAAGGGUCCACAAUUUCGCUAUAUUCUUUUUACAUAAACGUUGCUUAGGACGAUUAGCAAAAUAGUAUUGACGAAAAUUAUUGACGUUAUCUUAUACUCCCAAAAAGUUACUUGUGACAGCCAUCCCUGCAAAAACAAUGCAACUUGCACAGAUGGAGUCAACGGAUAUAACUGCAGCUGUGCACCAGGAUUUCACGGGACACAGUGUGAAAAGAUUGAAGGCCUGUCUUGUUCAUCAGGUUUGUAGAGACGUGUAUCGUAUUUUGAUGACAUGAUCUGGGAGCGCAAGCUUCCUUCUACAAAGCAAAGUCUCGUGGAGAUGGGCGUGACCAUUCAACAUUUUAGAGAGUUUCAUAUGGGACAUUAAUUAUAAGUUAUACUAUAGCUGUACAUCAGGGUUUCAUGGAACACAGUGUGAAAAGAUCGAAGCUUGUCGUGUUCAAUAGCUUUGUAGCAAUAGCUUUUAGCAAUCAGACUAAAACAGACUUAUUACAAACAACUGCAUGUAAUUCAACAAAUUAUGCAUCUAUAGACAUGUGCCUAAAGUGUAAUUUAUUACUUUCAAAUGGUUGAUCACAAUAGUAUAGUUAAUAAUAUAUCACUUGCCGAAAAGCAACAAUUGCUCCUAGGCCUUGUCAGUCUUAGGUAGUUUUUGGGCUAAGUGGUACUCCUCUUGUAUUCUGCAUAGCCAUAUAUUUCAAAGGCUUUUGGUUGAAGCCAAUUUUUUAAUGGAUCUCUUAUACGCCCUUUUCGCUCAUUGCGUUGAAACACGGGUGCAUGGCAGCCAUUUAUGCGCGAGUGUUCCGCUGGAAACCUAAAAUAAUUUAUGCAGUUGACAAAAUGUUUAUUGGCAAGAUGUCCUGAUAUUUGCUUGUGGACUGAUUGAAAUCUAGUCUCUUGAAGUAUUAAUUACCAAUAACAAUGGUUGACAAACGAUAUAUACAAGGUACUCAAUCCUGGACCGUUUCUUCUGAAUUGAUUCGUGAAAUUCUCCUUAGAGAACGCAGGAAAGGGAACUUCUGCUUCAUAAAUCAUUCAUUUUUUCCCCUGCAGCUUACCGGAUUGUUUUUGAGCAGCUCACCACCGAAAGUUAUGCCAUCAAAGCACAUGCCAUUUCAUCAAGUCUCACGGAAUUUACUGUGUGCCUUUUUGUUAAAUGGAAGGAUACAAAUUCAAAUAGUUACCAGUGUGUAUACAGCUAUGCAGAAGCCUCUGGUUAUGUUGUUGGAAAUGCCAUAUAUGUCUGUUUGAAUACUCCAAACAUUGAGAUCAAUGUGGAUAACGACGGAAACAGGUAAGUGAUGUACAUGUAUCAAACCCAACUUCUGAAAAUAGAAUUGAGAAAAUUCAAGCGCUCCGCAGAACUCUCCUUGACUUUUUCCGGGGCGCUCAGCAUUGCACUGAAGCAAUUUCUGUGGAACUAAAGGAUGGGGGGGAAAACGCAGUGCCAUAUUAUGAUAGAACGAAUUAACGAGAACAGUCAACGAAAAUUCUCGGGAAAUGCCGUAGAAUUUUGAUAAAACUAUACUGGCUUUUAUCGAAGUCAGAAAGACAUCACUGCAAUGUGGAUGAAACAGUGCAUGCUUUGGUGAGGGGUAUCAGAGAGAAAAAAAAAAUCAUGAUUUCAGCCAUUCUGAAGCGUGAUGUUCUUCCUCAAUCAGCCUAAUUGACAAAAGGCCUCAACCACCAACGGUUGAUAUUUGGAAACCCUUUCUUUCGCACUACAAUGCAAAUAAUCACAAUGAAAAGAAGAGUAGUAAAACAACAUUGAUAAUAAUGACAUGAGUUAUGAUGACGGCCAUGAUUUUUGGAGAUGGACCCUACUAAAAUGAAAUUAGCCUUGAUUGGUAGUAUUGCAGCCAUGGAAUGAACCGUUUAUUGAUAUGAAAUUUUAAAUUUGUCCAUGAUCAUUUUUCAAGUGGUAACGACACCGGAGUCAAGAUCAAUGACACUAUGUGGCAUCACAUCUGUGUUACCUGGAGAAGCACAAACGGCGCCUGGCAGUGUUAUCUGGAUGGACGACUCCGAAGCUAUGGAACAGGCUUGAAAGAAAAUCAUCAGAUUCCAGCUGGCGGAACAGUUGUCAUUGGACAAGGUCAAGAUACAGUCGGAGGGGGCUUUCAUAUCAGUGAUAGUUUUGGACCAGGUGAGGUUACAGAAGUUAAUCUUUGGAGCAGAGUCUUAUCAGCGAGUGACAUUGCAGCACAGUAUGCAAAUUGUCAUAUAACCAAAGUCGGCCUGAUGGAAUGGUGGGAACAAUUCAAAGAUGGCGUUUCAGGUGUGACAGUAGUCGAGCCUUGA